UGCUUAUUUUUAGUAUUUUGAAAGCGAAGUUUUAACAUUUUUAAGCUUAUUUUGAAUAACAGAGGUUGCUUAGCAGUUUGCUUGAUCUUCUAAAAACUGACAUUAAGUUGUGUGCGCAGAAACCAGAAAUAAGUUGACGUUCUAGAUUUUGACUUAUUCGAACGAUCUAAUUUUUGAAUCGCCUGUUUUACUUGUUUACAUUUAGGUAAAAUGCCGGAGAAAGGAGGCAAACUUCUGGCAUUUGCAGCUGGCACUGCACUGACUUUAAGUGUUUGGACGUAUGGUCGAAGAUGGAUAAUAUAUUCGAGAAUAAAUAAGAAAAUUAAACAGAAGAGGGAGAAAUGUCUGAAAGCACAAACACUCGUGGAACAGAAUCUGAAACAGGCGAAUAUUUCAGAGGACACAAUUAAACGGAUUGUACAGCUCUCCUUUUUGGAAUUACAAGCUCAACUACAAGAUGGCUCACUGCAGGCUUUGGAUGUACUUCAUGCAUAUCAGACCAUGGCUCUGCGAUCAACCAAGGCGUUUAACUGCGUAACAGAAUUCCUGCCGGAUGCUGAGGAUAUCGCAAAUGCAUUGGACAGUAGCACAGACAAGAAGGCACCACUGCACGGUGUACCAGUGAGUUUAAAAGAGAGCUUCCACCUGAGGGGCAAUGAUUCAACCGCUGGUCUCGGUCAGUUUAUUGGACAGCUCAAGGCUGAAGAUGCUGUUCUUGUACAGGUCCUGAAAAAUCUUGGUGCUGUGCCGUUUGUUAGGACAAAUAUUCCACAAACAAUGAUGAUGUAUGAAUGUUGUAAUCCCAUAUUUGGGACCACGUGUAAUCCUGUCGACCCGAGUCGUAGUCCCGGGGGUUCUACUGGCGGAGAAGCGGCAUUGAUUGCUUCAAAUGGCUCUAUUCUAGGUUUUGGAAGCGACAUCGGGGGUAGUAUCCGAGUACCAAGUCAUUUCUGUGGUAUAUAUGGCCUCAAGUGCACACUGGAAAGAAUGAGUCGCAAAGGACAUAUGUCAUUGUCGAAAGGGCAGACUUUAGUGUCUGGAACUGUUGGGCCAAUGGCAAGGGACCUUCAAGGGCUGAUAACUGCAACCAAGGUGCUGUUGAAUGACCUUCACUUUGACCUUGACCCUGCAGUGGCUCCGCUCAAAUUCAGAUCAGAGAUACUGGAGAGCAAGCGACCUCUCAAGAUAGGUUUCUACACCGAUGACAGGAAUGUCCCUUCAGUUCCAGCGUGUGCAAGGGCAGUCCUUCUAGCAAAACAGGCCUUAGAGACGAUGGGACACUCGGUUGUUGAAUUCGUUCCAUUGCGUAUGAAGUAUGUGCUCUCCAAACUUUACUACCGGAGUGUUCUCGGGGACAAGGGAUGGCAAUUUGUAUCCAAAAUACAAAAUGACAUUGUAGACCCAUUAGUUUACAAGCUGACCUUACCAUCUCGGUUCCCUGAUUGGCUGAUCUGGAUUCUGUCUUGGGUCAUUCAAAAAGCUAGAAAGGAUCCGCAAAUAGGUGACGCUCUCCGUGCCAGGAUUGAACUGAAGUCAGUUGCAGAUUGGUUCCAGCAUGCAAUUUCACUGCAGAACUACAAGGAUGAGUUUUUACGUGCCUGGCGAACGCAGAACCUUGACGCCGUUAUCUGUCCAGUGUUUGCGACAGUUGCUCCCCCUAACCAAACAUCCGUGGAGUUUAUUUCGGCAGGAAGCUAUUGUAUGCUGUACAACGUGUUAAACUACCCAGGCGGCGCUGUGCCUGUUACCAAAGUGACGCGAGAUGACGUCAGCAACAUGGCCGACUAUCCGAAUACCAGCUUUGUGCAUAAACGGAUUCAGGAGGCUAAUCGAGGAUCGGAGGGCUUACCAGUGAGUGUGCAGUGUGUUGCCCUGCCUUACCAAGAAGAGCUUGUACUCAGAGUAAUGUCCGACAUAGAAGCCGGGCUCAAGACUUUGCAUUCUUAAGUGGUACGGAGCUGUACGGGAAUUUGCUAAAGUGGUACAAUAGUACGGAGAAGAUAGUGAUUAAUAGUUGUAUUAGGUGAUCGAUAUUUGAAUACAAUAUUGAUUAAAAAUCACCAAGGAACAUUAAAUACAAUAAUGCUUUAAAAAUGUCUAUGUCUAAAGAAAACCUAAAUUGAAAAUAGAAAAAAAAAUAUGACAAUUGCACAUUAUUGAAAACAGAAAUUUGUGUAAAAAUAUUUUUAUUUAUAUAAUACAAAUUGGCUAAUUAAAAUUUCUUCUGACGUAUUUCUUUAAAUAAGGUUGUAUGUGGUUGUACAAUUUUCACAAUGAUGGACUUGCAUUAUAAUUAUUUUGAAUGUAAUAAUGACCUUGACCGCAAUGAUUGUAAAUACUGAUUGGCAUGGUUACAUUUAUAAUCAGAGUGAUUAGUUUUGUUUUACAUUAAAUUUAAAAGUACAAUAAGUCAUGUAAAUGUUUGAUGCAACUUACUUUGUUAAGUUUGUGUACGUUCAAACAUAUACUUAAUUAUAUUAUUUGUAUGCAGAUAUUUGUAUUGUUUUGUCGGAUGUUCGGGUAUAUUGGUGCUUUUGUUUUUCAGAAAAAAGGUUGUAUAUUUUUUUUUGUCAACGGUUCAAAGCAAGAACCCGAAAAAAUAGUCAUUGAUUUGUUUAAUUAAUGUAAUAAAAGUUAUGUAUAUGUCCUGUGUUUGUUUAUAUCAAUGCAAACCUAUUUUAAAAACAAAACAAAAACAUUAUAGUUUGUUUUCAAAUCACAAAUUUCAUUCUUGGUUAUUUAACACGUGCCUGACUUCGGUUAUAACUUAUAACUUAUCAACUAAAAUAUAUAAAUUCGUGUUAAUAGUCCAGCAAAUUAUACAAAGUCAGACCUGCGUAGUUUAUCAGUUCAGUGCAAAGAGUUUAGAGGCUAGUGCAACGAUUUUAAAUUGUUAAGAGUUUAGUGCAACGAGUUCAAUGUUAAGAGUUUAGAAUUUAGUACGACGAGUUCUGUGUAAAGAGUUUAGAGGCUAGUGCAACGAGUUCAGUGGAAAGGGUUAAGAUGAAAGUGCAACGAUAUAAAUGUAAAGAGUUAAGAGGCUACUGCAACGAGUUUAAUGUGAAGAGUGUAGAGGGUAGUGCAACGAGUUCUGUGAAAUGAGUUUUGAGGCUAGUGCAACGAGUUCAGUGUAAAGAGUUAAGGGGCUAGAACAACAAGUUCAAAUAGUUUAGAAUUUAGUGCGACGAGUUCUGUGUAAAGAGUUAAGAGGUCAGUGCAACGAGUUAAGUGUAAAGAGUUAAGAGGCUAGUGCAACGAGUUUAAUGUGAAGAGUGUAGAAGUUAGUGCAACGAGUUCAGUGUAAAGAGUUAAUGGGCUAGUGCAAAGAUCUCAGUAUAAAGAGAUAAGAGGGAAGUGCAACGAGUAUAAUUUGAAGAGUUUAGAUGCUAGUGCAAAGAGUUCAAUGUAAAGAGUUAAGAGGUCAGUGCAACGAUUUCAGUGUAAAGAGUUUAGAUGCUAGUGCAAAGAGUUCAAUGUAAAGAGUUAAGAGGUCAGUGUAAAGAGUUUAGAGGCUAGUGCAACGAAAUUAAAUAGUUUAGAGUUUAGUGCAACGAGUUCAGUGUAAAUAGUUAAGAGGUUAAUGCAACGAGUUUAAUGUGAAGAGUGUAGGCCUAGUGCAACGAGUUCAGUUUAAAGAGUUUAAAGAUCAGUGCAACGAGUUAAGUGUAAAGAGUGUUUGUGCGUGUGCAUGUGUGAGAGCAUUAUUGUUUCUGAAUAUAUGUAUUUCCUAUCAACAUAAAUAGAUAUGUUGUAUAUGUUGAGAAUU